GUGGUGAGUCGGGUGUCGGUGGCGGAGCGAAGGCGGCGGGUAUGAAAGAGUGAAAUGGCUGCUGCAGAACCAACCAGUAGGCCACCCUCUGGGUCUAAAAGCAUUUCCUUUGAUCUGCCAGUACACUCCAUCGAAGGCCCCAACAUCAUGAAUAUUCCAAGGCCUAAAUCUGCCAAAGGUCGUAGUCGGUCUAGCUCUGCGUAUGUUCACAGUGCAGAGACUUGUUCAUAUCCCAUUCCGGUUCCAACUACUUUUGGCGAUCGGAGCAGCUGUCCCUCUUCCUCGCCCCCUGAGUUAUAUCCACCCGCCAGGAUCACUCGAGUGACCAAAGACGAAGUUCCAGAACUUCUCCAUCAUAUUCCAUCUCGGCCAUCUUCCUCCUUAAACAGGUACAGAGUUCUACCAUCCAUUGGGAGGAGGGAGUCCAGUGAUGUUGGAACCAAGACUGCAGACCACAAAGACAAUCAGCUGCACUUGCAUGUUGACCUUGAAGAAAAAUUAAAAUUCCAUGAGGAAAAGAAGCCAUCAGUCUUCAAAUCCAACAUUGCAACUUCCAAAGCACCCUUGCUUCAAAGUCCAGUAGUCUUUCCACCAGAUGAGCCUUCAGAAUCCGAGCCGAGAUUGCGACUUGCUGUGAGGUACCCAUCGGGCCAGAGGUUUGAGCGUUGCUUCAGACCUUCAGACACCCUACAAACUAUCCUAUCUGUGGCGGAAUGGCAGUGUAAUGGCAACUAUAAGAACUUUGUGGUUGAAACGAUGGAUGUGCCUAGGAGGAGCUUCAAUGACCUGUCGAAGACUCUGGAGGAAUGUGGAAUUCAGAAUAAAUCAGUUCUUUGUAUCUUACAAGGUGACGGUGAUUAGUACUUGUGUAUCAGUUUUUCUAUUGUGAAUUGUGAGAGGAUGUCAAACCUAUGGACCACCACAAAUUAAGUAAUUUAAGAUUUCUGACCAUAAAUCCAAUUGAUGGGGCAAGCAGCAUCAUUUAAAUGGCAUUUUCUUACAUUCUAAAAAGUAUGAUUAUCAGUGGAAAGGUUGACAGUUGAGGUUGUGAUCUAAAUUUUCCAUGACCACUUUCAGUGCUGUGGUGUCCAGUAAUUAUGCACCUGUUAAAUAGAAGAACUUGUGGAUAAUUUACAAUCCCAAAUGGUGAUCAAAAAAAUAAAAGGGAACCUUAGUGUAUAUCAUGCAUGAUAAUAACAUGUUUACUUGUGCUGUGGUCUCUCCCAUUACACAGAGUGAUAGGAAUUCCUCUCCAACGCAAUUCCAAAGGGCAGUUUAAUAGUAACUUCAGUAGGCUGCCUGUUCAAAAUGCACUUGUCAGAGGUCAUUGGCAAAAUCUGUAGCCAUCAUAACUCGCCUUAGUUGGGAGUAAAUAAACAGAGGAUGGAAAAUAUAGUCUGUUGCAAUGAUCAACAAUCUGUAGCACUUUUAGGUACAGAGCAUUCAUUUACAGUCAUUUUUAUAACUAGAUGUACAGCUUGGAUAAGUUAUAGUUAUCUGUCCCAACCUGGAUCAAAGCAAAGCCAGAUCUUCAAAGUCUUCCUAGUAUAAGGUAAGCCUUUAAGUUCCUCAUUGUUGGGGUGCCAUUGGUCAGUGGGGAUACAUGGUGCCAGUCCCCUUUACUCACCUGCAAUCUCCUUUCUGGCCCAAAGCAGAUCUACCAGUUGAAAUGGCAGUUCUCGCAUAGAGUAACUACUUUCAGAGCUCCUGUUGUGGAGGGAAAUCCCAGGGUAAGGAUGGCAUUUCCAAAGAGCAUUUUGUGUGCAGCUGCAGAAAGUGGACCUGGGAUUCAUGAUCCCAGCACAGUCAAUGCAUUGCACAUUGUGUAGAAUUUUUGGUCAGCCACAGCUUUAACAGAAGCCCCAUGCAGCAUUGCUUCAGCACAGUUUUUUUUAUAUGCACAACAGAUUCUAUCCAAUCUCUUUUGCUGAUGCACCUACUGGAUAGUUCAAAUUCUUUUGAGCAAAACACAAAGUUGUAUGAGCAGUGGGAAAUGGCACUGAAAUUAUGGACGCACAGUUUUCAGAAAUAUUUACUCGGGCUCAGUUUUAAAUGAUGAAAGAUGUAAUGGUCUUUCCUUGAGUUUGGCACAACCACAUCGCCGUCUGAUCACAUCAUCCAUGCUGCAUGAAACUCUGUGGGGGGUGGGGAGGAAUACAAGCUGCAGUAAAGUGCUGUGAAAGGGCCGUUUGAACUGUAAGAUAGACUAGACCCAGCCCCCUUAACAAAAAGGGCAAAGGAUAAACAGCAAGAGCUUAAUGUAGCAGAGAGCUGUGGUUCCUAGUUUUAAGAUUUUCCUUUGAUUUUUGUCAGUCUGUAGAUGGACAAGUGAGCAUUUCAUGCUUUUAAUCUACACGUAGGAGUGGCUUUAAUUUUUUAAUGAUUCUUAUGAAAUUUUAAUAUAUUUUGUUUAAAAUAUUGUGACAUUUCUGAUCUGGUCGUAUAAUGCCAACCUGUUUAUAUUGUGACAUUUUCUUUAUAGCCUUUUGUUUACAUUACUGGUUAUAUAGCACAGAACAGAGCUAGAAGAAUGUAUCAAAUAAUUUUACUGAACAAUUCUGAUCUGAAUGUUAUGUUGAUUUACUACAGUUUCUGUUCAAACCCAUGACAGGAUUUAAAAUCCUUCACAGGAUAUUUGGUUUUCAAAUAGAAUAUUGACAUUCAUUUCAAGUUGAAAGAACCAAACUGUAAUAAAUAUUGAAUAUCUUCUGUUUGAAUCCAC